GAGGGAGGGAAGGAGGCAACUGUUUUGUAGCUAUCUUGGAAGCCCUGGGUGAGGAGAGAAGGGGGGGAGGAGGAGCGGAGAAUGAGCUAUUCUUGUACCAGCAGAGGCAACAGCCAGGACCCGUCAAGCGCUAAGAAGCCUGCCGGUAGUAAUCCGGCCAGAGACGCUGGAGGCACCGACGGCGGCACAGACAGCACCAGUAACGGCAGCCCGAAGCAAACGAUGAAAGUGAAGAAAGGCUGCAACGAGGUGGGGGUCCCGGUGACCACAGAGGAGGACCUGCUGGCGAGCGCCGUGGUCACUCCGGAGGAUGUUCUGGGUCUGCAGAAGAUCACAGAGAAUUAUCUCUGCAGUCCAGACGAGAACAUUUACAACAUCGACUUCACCAGGUUUAAGAUCAGAGACAUGGAGACCGGCACAGUGCUGUUUGAAAUCACCAAACCUCCAUCCACAGAUAAAGCAGGAGAGAAGAGAGAUAUCGACCCAAACGCUGGUCGGUUUGUCCGCUACCAGUUCACCCCUGCUUUUCUUCGACUGCGGCAGGUUGGAGCAACUGUUGAGUUCACCGUCGGAGAUAUGCCGAUAGAAAACUUCAGGAUGAUCGAGAGACACUAUUUCAGAGAGAAGUUGCUCAAGAGUUUUGACUUUGAGUUCGGCUUCUGCAUGCCCAGCAGCAAGAACACCUGCGAACACAUCUACGAGUUCCCACCUUUGUCCGAGGACAGCAUUAGAGAGAUGAUCCUGCACCCGUACGAGACGCAGUCCGACAGCUUCUACUUUGUGGACAAUAAGCUGGUGAUGCACAACAAGGCAGACUACUCGUACAACGGCGGGACGUAGAGACGACACGGCGGCACGAGACACGGGUGGAUUUACGGACUGUGUGGAGUUAACAUCCCGUCAAUCCAGCGGUGUCUCUCUUUUCCCUCUUUACUUCUGUCUUUCUCUGUUUUCUUUCUCCUGCUGAGAGAAUGCCAUCCAGAAAACAUCCACACAGAUGUGUCGGUUACAACCUGUAUGUGUGUGUCUGUGUGUCUGAACACAAACACACACAGGGAUGCACACAGUUCGCAAUGUAUGUGUGUGUGUGUGUGUGUGUGUGUGUGUGUGUUUGUGACAUGAUAAACCAGCAAAUCAGCAACUUUUUAGAUGGUUUUUGCUCUUUAGCCACAAAAAACUCUUCAGAUAUUAAUAGAAAUUAUUUUUUUCAUUCCUGUACAUGUUAGCAUCUAAAAACGUGUGUUUUUAGGACUUUUUGGGGGAAAUCAUUUCUCAGAUUCAGUGAGUGUGUUUGUGUGUGUGUCAACUUUUGUUUUUCUGGUGUGUGUGUGUGUGUGUGUGUGUGUGUGUGUGUGUGUGUGUGUGUGUGUGUGUGUGUGUGUGUGUGUGUGUGUGUGUACUUUGUAUGAUUGUCUGUGUGUGUCACUUCAAACCAUGAUUACUGCUCUGGUGAUCAUAUAUUCAUUUAAAUGUCAAAAAUGUGAUCAUCUGGUUUGCAAAAGGUCAAAUAGAUUUCCAAAAUCUGUUUGCGCCUCUUCUACGCAGUAGGCAGUCGGUAGGUAUUUUUAAUUUAUCAGACUCAUUUCCUUCCCGAUCCCUUUGUUCCUUAUUUAUUUCUUGACCUAUAUUAACCGUAGGGAGUGCGUGUGUUUAUUGUAUCCUCUCAAAGCACAACGUCUUAACAGAGCCGACGAUUAUAACGAUGAUCCAAUACGACUGUGAACGUACUUUGUCAUCUGUGCACCGACUGUUCUUCUCCUGCCUCAUGUCAUUUAGAAAUCUUGGACUUGUACAGGUUGUCACAGGAGAGAAUAAGGUUGAGGAAUGUAGCAGAAGUCGUUAAAAGAACAAAUCACGCUUAGAUCUCACGUUUUUGUGUUUGUCCUCGUCACGUCUCGUAUCGUACAAACAUUUUCUCAUUCUCGGUGUUGUUAUCAGAUUUCUGCCUCUCGUAUGUUUCGUUGUUUUCACUCAUCCCAGUGAUUUGGACCUGAGCGUGUUGAUCAGUUGUUGGUCUGAAGGCAUUUAUUAACCGAACUGUCUCUGGAUGCCUCUAAACUGUAAUAUGCACAGCCUUCUCUUUGUCGCCAUCUGUGCUGAUACACAACCCGACUCCAGACUACCCAAACAGGUCUAUGAAUUUUGCUCCAUCAUAUCCUCACAUACUCUCUGAUCUGAUGCACUUGAACGUCAGCUUGUGCAACUUAAAGCUUAAAUGAUUCUAAUUUAAACUGCAGUGCGUUCAAACAAAUGGUGGUUUGUGAGGAAACGGCAGCUGAUCAAAAGGAAAUUAUUUCAAUGCACCUGCACAAGAACAAAGUGAGCAUUGAUUAAAAGUGAUUAGAAAUUUGUUGUUUUGGGCCUGAACAAUUUGCACAAGAGACAGAUAUGUUAAAGUAGUGAACUGGACCAGAGGGGACUAAACAUCAGAGAUUAAACUGAUUGACUUGAAUGUUUUGUCAAAAAAAUGAAACUCAGAUGUGUAGAAGAGAUUUAUAUAUGACUGACUGUGACUCAUACAAAUUAUUUUGAACUCAUGUAAAGUUUUUUGACAAGUCAAAAGUUGGUGUGACUGAAAAAAAGUAAAAUAAAUAAAGAUAUAUGGAACUUUUUGAAGUA